AUGAUGAAAGAGUUCCCAGAUGUGAAAGAGAAGGAAGAAAUGCGAAAGAUCGUCGGAAGAUACGGAAUCACCGGAAGAGAGCAAGUGUGCCCGAUGAAGCAGCUUUCGGACGGACAACGUUGUCGUGUCUCGUUCGCCUGGUUGGCUUGGCAACAACCACAUCUUCUGCUUCUUGACGAGCCGACCAAUCACUUGGAUAUGGAAUCGAUCGAUGCUCUUGCGGAGGCAAUCAACUGUUUCCCAGGAGGAAUGAUCCUAGUGUCUCACGAUUUUCGACUUGUUUCUCAGGUGAGCAGAAUUUAGGAAAACGGGAAUACUGAAAGAAAAAAAAAACGUUUUUUAAGGUGGCUGAACAAGUGUGGGUGUGCGACAAUCAGGGCAUUCAGAAGUGGGAGGGAGACAUCUUCUCUUUCAAACAACACCUUCGGAAGCAGAUCGACAAGGAUGUCAGCAAUCGCGAGAAGGGAGUCGUCAAGGAACGUUAA